CACGAACAUAACCUUAAUUUUGUAAUAAUUUGAUACAGUUGAAAAGUUAAAUAAUAAAAGUGAAAAAUAUUUAUUAAAAAGCAUUAAUAAGGAAGAAUGAAUGUCGUGUAGAAAAUAAUAAAAUAGUAAAACUCUCAAUCCUCUAACGAGCGUAUUAAAUUUUUAAAAAAUAACGUCUUGGAAAAAGUUUUCUAAAAAGGAAAUGUUAGAAAUUAAUGUUAAUUUCAAGACCGUUUCAGGAAGUACCACAGAUUGUACAAAGAUCAAAUCAAUAGAUCGAGUACAUUGCGAAGAAAUCAGUUACAGUGAAUUCUUCAGCAAUUACAUGCUCAAGAAUAUUCCUGUAAUUAUAACAUCAAUAUCAGACCAUUGGCCAUGUACAAAGUGGACAAGACAGGAUGAAGAACACUCAAAGACUGCAGAAAUAAUAAAUUUUUCUCAAAUUCUCAAAGAAAUACCAGAUAUGAAAGUUCCUGUGGCAAAUUGUUCAAAACAAUAUUUCAAUUCACACGAGAAAAUCGAAAUGAAUUUCCACAAUUUUCUCGAUUACUGGAAGACAGAACCUAAAGAUGACCUUCUGUACUUGAAAGAUUGGCAUUUACGAAAAGAAUUGCCCCAAUACAAUUUUUAUACUGUACCAAAAUUUUUCGCUUCAGACUGGUUAAAUGAGAUUCUUUGUGAGGAUAAUAAGGACGAUUAUAAAUUCGUCUAUAUGGGGCCUAAAGGAACAUGGACAUCGUUUCACUGUGAUGUAUUUACUUCAUUUAGUUGGUCAACAAAUAUUGUUGGUCAGAAAAAAUGGAUAUUUCUGACACCUGGAGAAGAGAAAAAAUUAGAAGAUAAAUUGGGAAAUCUCCCAUUUUCUAUUACCGAAAAAGAACUAAAUGAAAAAGAUGCCAAGUUUUUUGUGAUAGUACAAAAUCCAGGAGAAGCUAUUUUUGUACCAAGUGGAUGGUUUCAUCAAGUAUUCAAUCUUAAGGAUACAAUUUCAAUUAAUCACAAUUGGUUCAAUGGAACCCAAAUUAAUUGCACUUGGAAUGCACUUGAAAAUAAUCUAAGUCAAGUUGAAAAAGAAAUUGAUGAUUGUAGAGAUAUGGAAAAUUUUAAUGAACACUGCCAAGUUCUCCUAAAAGCUUCCUUUGGCAUGAACUUUCAAGACUUUCUACAACUUCUUCAGAAGAUUGUAGAAAAAACUCUCAAUAAAACACGUUCUUUUGAAGGAUUCACCUAUGGAGACAAUCACCUGAGAUUUGACCUGGACAGCGUAAACAAUGUUUUAGAAACAAUGGAAAAAUCUAUUUGGAUAAAAGACGAAGACACCUUCCAAACGAUACAAAAUAUAAAAAAAUUAAUUGAGUGUAAUGGUUAGUACUUAAAUACAUAAAAAAAACUUUUGAAAACUUAGAAA